AAGUUCCGAAAGGGCGUGUGUGUGUGAGAGUGAGAGUAGGAGGAAAAAAUCCGAGUUCCUUCACUGCCGGUUCUGGAAGUUGGCUUUUUCGCUAAAGGGUUAAUCUAGUAGGCUAGAAGAGUUUUGAUUGAUCAUUUGGGUUGUCAGUAUAAAUAUAAAUAAUAAAUGGGAUUCCUUCGGUGACAGCUGUUGGAACCGGUUUCGCGGAAGUACGGGGAGUUUCGGGGUUGUCCAUAAGGGAAUCUCUCAUUACGCGACUUGGAUUGUAUUGGAAGCUAGUCAAGAGCCAGUUUUGCCCUCGAAAAAAUAAAGUUGGAACAAGUGCAGAGCAAAAAAAUAAAAGUGCCAAGAAAAGAAGGAAAAAUAAAACCGCGAAGGAAUAUAACACACAGUUAUUAAUAAACAUUGCGGCUCUCGCGCGCGCGGUCCGGUUGUUUUUUCUGGCAGAUCCACAGACCUGCACAUACACACGGAGGGGCCUCAACCCGCGCACAGUGUGUGAAAGUCUCUUCAUUUUUAGUUCCUUUUCUCCCCCAUAGUUUAGUAGCAGCGCCUAAGCCAGUUAGCAGCAGCAGCGAGUGUGUGUUUUAGUGCCAGAGAAUCGCUCUAUUUAGUGUGUGUCGUCGUGGCCGUCGUUCCCGUCUCGUGGCCAUUUUCACGAGAAAAAUCCGACCGCCCCCAGAUCGAGAUUUCUCUCGCCGGACGACGACGACGGAAGUGAUUGUGCUUCCAGAGCGGAACUAAUCUAUUCGGUGACGGGCCCCGAAGAAGCGCAGCCAGGUUGGCCGUAAAUCAUCAAGGAGAGUGAGCAAAGAAGCAGCACCGGCCCCGCCAUGUCCGACUACGAUCUCGACGUGGACAACCUGAUACAGCGGCUGCUCGAAGCACACAAAAUGCAACAGCAACAGACACAGGAAACUAGGAAAAAAGGGAAACUGAAAGAUAUAUUCUCGUCAGAUUUCAUGGUCAGAGGAUGCCGGCCGGGCAAGGCCGUACCAAUGUCGGAGGAGGAGAUUCGAGGACUGUGCCUGAAGUCGCGUGAAAUUUUCCUGCAGCAGCCGAUCCUGCUCGAGCUGGAAGCCCCACUCAAAAUCUGCGGUGACAUCCACGGCCAGUACACAGACCUGCUGCGGCUGUUCGAGUACGGUGGGUUCCCGCCGGAGGCCAACUACCUGUUCCUCGGCGACUACGUGGACCGGGGCAAGCAAUCGCUCGAGACGAUCUGUCUGCUGUUGGCCUACAAAAUCAAAUACCCGGAGAACUUUUUCCUGCUGCGGGGCAAUCACGAGUGUGCCAGUAUUAAUAGGAUAUACGGAUUCUACGACGAGUGCAAACGAAGGUACAACGUCAAGCUGUGGAAAACCUUCACCGACUGCUUCAACUGCUUACCGAUUGCGGCCAUCAUCGACGAGAAGAUCUUCUGCUGUCACGGCGGACUCAGUCCGGACCUGAACCACAUGGAGCAAAUCCGACGAAUCAUGCGACCAACGGACGUUCCCGACACUGGACUGCUGUGCGACCUGCUGUGGAGCGAUCCGGACAAGGAUGUUAAGGGCUGGGGCGAGAACGACCGCGGCGUCAGCUUCACGUUCGGCGUCGACGUCGUGUCCAAGUUCCUGGGGAUGCACGACCUGGAUCUGAUCUGCCGGGCGCACCAGGUCGUCGAGGACGGGUACGAGUUCUUCGCGAAGCGGUCGCUCGUGACGCUGUUUUCCGCGCCCAACUACUGCGGCGAGUUUGACAACGCCGGCGGCAUGAUGUCGGUGGACGAGAACCUGAUGUGUUCGUUUCAGAUUCUGAAACCGUCGGAGAAGAAGGCCAAAUACCAGUACACCGGCACGAACGCCCAGCGGCCGCAGACGCCCCAGCGGAACCAGAACCAGCCGCUGCCCCCGACCAAACGGAAAUAAUAAUUUCUCUCUCUUCUGAAUCGCUAUCUGACGCGCCGGCGGGGUGGUGGCGGCGGCAACAACAACAACGGCGGAAGUGGUGGCGGCGAAAGAAGCAGCAGCAGGAAACAAAAA